UCGAAGACUAGCCUAUAAAUGUCAUAGCAACACCUUGGCAUGAAACAGAGCAAAUAUCUACCUCCUCCCGAGUUCCGACCAAGCUCACAGAAACCUUUGUUCUUUCAUUAUCUGCUUGCAACCAUGCAAAACACAAAACCUCAUGCAGCCUUAUUGUCUAGCCCUGGCAUGGGACACCUUAUCCCUGUCCUUGAACUAGGCAAACGCCUGGUCACUAACCAUGGCUUCACCGUCACAAUCUUUGUUGUCACAACAGACAAUUCCCUUUUAAAAUCCCAACUUCUCAAGCAAUCACCUUGUCCUGACCUGCUUAACAUUGUCUUGCUACCACCAGUGGACGUUUCUAGCCUAAUCACCCCAACUACUGGCAUCUUAGCACAACUAGCAAUUAUGAUGCGGGAGGCUUUGCCAAAACUACGGUCUGCAAUACUAGCCAUGAAGUUUUGUCCAACGGUUCUUGUUGUUGAUUUUUUUGGAACCGAAGCUAUGGUGAUUGCUGAUGAGUUUAACAUGUUGAAGUACGCGUUCAUGACUUCCACUGCAUGGUUUCUUGCACUUACAUUACAUAUGCCAACUAUUGAUAAGGCAAUUGAAGACAACCAUGUUAAGAACCAACAAGCUCUAUUGAUUCCCGGCUGCAAAUCACUUGAGUUCAGGGAUACGUUUGAGCCAGUUUUAGACCGAAAUGAUCAGAUGUACAUAGAGUACAAACGCAUGGGGGUUGCGAUGCAGAAGUUUGAUGGUAUUUUGGUGAAUACGUGGCAGGAUUUGGAGGGCACAACACUUGGUGCACUUGAAGAUGAAAAGAGGUUAGGGAGGGUGGCUCAGGUUCCGAUCUAUCCCGUUGGGCCACUGGUUAGAGCAAUUACACCAGGUCCAAAGAGUGAGAUGUUAGAGUGGCUAGACAUGCAGCCUAUUGAGUCUGUGAUUUAUGUCUCGUUUGGGAGCGGGGGAGCCCUAUCAGCCAGGCAAACAACCGAGCUAGCUUGUGGGCUAGAGUCAAGUGGCCAGAGGUUUAUCUGGGUGGUUCGUCCACCCAUAGAAGGCGAUUCAGCAGCAACCGUAUUUAAGACAAACCACAGAACUGACGACACCCCAGAUUUCUUGCCUGAUGGAUUCUUGACCCGAACCCGUAAGAUGGGACUAGUUGUCCCAAUGUGGGCACCUCAAACCGAAAUUUUGAGCCAUCCAUCAGUGGGGGGAUUCCUAUCACACGGCGGGUGGAAUUCAACCCUGGAAAGUAUAGUUAAUGGAGUUCCCAUGAUUACAUGGCCACUCUAUGCAGAGCAGGGGAUGAAUGCUGCAAUGCUUACCGAGGAUAUAGGAGUGGCCAUUCGUUCGAAGUCAUUGCCAGCAAAGGAAGUGGUGGUUCGAGAAGAGAUAGAGACAAUGGUUCGAACGAUCAUGGACAAAGGUGAUGCAAGAAGGGCAAGGGCCAAGACUCUAAAAUCAAGUGCUGAAAAAGCUCUGAGCAAGGGUGGCUCCUCUUACAAUUCACUUGCUCAUGUGGCAAAUGACUGUGAGACGGCCUUCAAAUACCUGAAAGCAAAGGCUCAAGGUGCAUAGAGGCCACGAGCAGCAUCCUCGAAAAAAGUAUUUUGCAUAUCUACACGGACCUCUACAUGAAGUCCUCUUUGAAUUUCUAUCUGAGAUUUCUUUUCUUUUUUUUCAGUUGAUUGUUACUUGGAAUGAUGAAAGAUGCUCUCUCUCUCUCUCUCUUGUUAAUUACUAAAUAAUCUGGAAUAAAAUAUAUAACAUCUCAGAUUCAUCCAAAAUAUUCCUC